UUUAUACUACGGUAUUUUCUUUCCCCCAAAAAAAAAACUCUUGUUACAUUACUCAUUUAACCAUUUUGCCUUUCGUUUUAUUCAGCAAUCAUUCCUAUCCGACAUUUCAUAAAACUCGGCAGCUUGUCUUCUUAACUUUCUACGAGGAACCGCCUCUUUUUAAUCUGUCUCAGUGUAUGUAACCACUUUUUAUAAUACUCCGGAGCAAAUUAGCAUUUGAAUUCUGAAUAGCAUACUUUCCAUUCUUGCCUACGCACAAGGUUUAUUGGAUCCUAUAUGGCAUCAGAGAGUGCAGCUGUUGUUGAAGAGGAAGUGAAGUGUGUGAUUGAGAAAGAAAUUGCGGGUGUUGACAAAGAGACUUGCUUGAUUGAAAAUUCUAAUGAAGAAAAUGGAGCUCAUAGGAAUGAUAUUGGUAUGGUUAUUGAAAGACCCAAGUUAUGUGCACUUAAAUCUGAAUCGUCUGGGAAAGAUUUGAAAUGUAGUAAAGCACCAUAUCAGCCUAAUAUACAGAACAAGGAUAAGGCAAGUGUAAGAGGCUCAGCUGCAUUGACACGUGCGAAACAGGCAAGCGUAACUAAGAGCCUCUCAUUCCCUUCAAAGUCUACUAGUUCAGAUUUGAUGAGGAAAAGCAUUGAUGUGUACCCAAAGAAAUUGAAUGCCAAGGCAUCACUUCCAAACGGCACCUCAAAACCUGUUUCCCGUUCAAAUCCAACUGGAAACCGUGCCUCUGGUGUUUUAAAAAGUGCCAAUAUCAAUGUCGGAGGUGGAACUCACAAAAGAACAACUUUUCCAGCUCAUCACCAAUCAAAGACUGGUAACACUCUUUCUGCAAAUGGAGCGGGGAAUAAAAACACAGUUAAAGGAGUAAGGGAUGAAAACAAGCAACAUAUUAAAACUGUUUUGCCUCUUAAGGAGAAUGAGGAUGUGCAGUCAACUACCUCAUCGACCAGUGUUGCUGGAUUUUCCUUCAGGUUGGAGCAACGUGCUGAAAAGCGAAAGGAGUUCUACUCUAAACUUGAAGAGAAGGUACAAGCAAGGGAAAUGGAGAGGAGUAAUUUGCAGGCGAAAUCCAAGGCAAACCAAGAAGCAGAGAUAAAACAAUUCAGGAAGAGCUUAACAUUUAAAGCUACACCUAUGCCAACCUUUUACAAGGAACCUGCUAUUAAAGCAGAACUAAAGAAGAUACCAACAACACGCCCAAAAUCUCCAAAGUUUGGCGGCCGAAAAGGUUUUGCAUCAACUAAUAGCUCUGAAAGUGGCGGAUCAUGUCUUAGCCCUAAAGUAGUUUCUAAAGAACCUGUCAAACCGUCAAAGGCCGCUAAGAGCACUUUCACUUCCAAGAAACCCACAAGAAAUCUGGUAACCCAUUCUCUGCCUGGACUUCCUGUCACUAAGAAUAGUAAAGAGAGGUCUGCCGAAUAUAUAUCUAAACCGAACGAAAUCAAGAUCCCAGAUCAGAAAAGCUGUCUUCAAGAAACAGAAAUAAACGAAAAUGUGACAUGCUCACCUCUUUCUGAUCCUCGUGUGGUGGUGCCAGCUGAAGCUGCUGUUGAAGGUUAAAGAGAAGAACCAUUGGUGUUUCCUAUAUCAUCUACACAUGAUACGAGUGUUUACAGGCUUUUGAAAUAUGUGGUCCCCUUGCAGUUGUGAAUAGAUGAAGCAUUACAUGUUUACAUAAUUACAUCUGUAGAGACAAAAAAGAUCAUUUCCUUUGUAUAAAAAAAAUACGUAGUAGAGCAAAAAGUUUAUAUUCAUGCAUAGACUAAUCUUUUUUCUUCACCAAAAACAUAUGACUUGCAUGAGCUGUGUGGUUUAUAUGAUGGGUUCAGUGAGGUUCAUUAUACAAAUUGAUCUGUUUUCACAUGUUCUUGUCAA